AUGUCGGUGGACAGGCUUCCCGCUGAAGCUGAUGAUAGGGAGUCCAAGAGGGCUAGAGGGAUGGCCACACCCCUAAUCGGAUUCUCGGAUGAGGAUAAACUAGGAACCCUCCUACCCCACGACGAUGCCCUAGUCGUCACGCUUAGGAUUAGGGGAUACGACGUGAAGAGGGUGCUAGUUGAUCAGGGUAACGCCGUGGAAGUAAUGUAUCCCGACUUGCACAAAGGAUUAAAGCCAAAACUAGAGGACCUGACAGCAUACGACUCCCCUUUGGUGAGUUUCGAGGGAAAAACCGUCACUCUGAAAGGCAUGAUUAGGCUGCCUAUACAAAUAGACUCGGACGUGGUAGAGGUAGACUUCAUAGUGGUAGAUUCAUACUCCCCCUACACCGCCAUUGUAGCCAGACCAUGGCUUCAUGCUCUAGGGGUUGUGUCAUCAACCUUACACCAAAAGGUGAAGUAUCUAUCGGAAGGUCGAGUGAAAGAAGUAAUAGGGAACUAA